AACCUGUAAUAGGAGAGAGUGGCCUGAAAGGGAAAUCUCGACUCGCGUAAACAAACACACAAAGUGAGGGCGGCGGAACAGGGUAGUAAUAAGCUUGAACGGCGAGUUCCGUAGGUUUUAAUAUGUACUUUUAAACAGUUAAGAUGUGCAGGUCAUAAAGUCUGAAACUACCAUAGAGAAGUGUAUUAGUCGGAACGGAUUGUGUACGUGGCAGAGGGUGUCUAAAUACAUCUUAAAAAAGGAGCUCGAGGAUCAAUAAAUAUUCGAAUUGGCGUGCACAUCAGUACAUUUGGGCUUCAAGAACAAUCAUAAUUACUAACCAAUUCAACAUGUGGCAUUGUUUAUCCACGUAAAUUCCGUGGUUUUAUUCAGAAAUCGAUACACGUCUGAUUUCUUGACUGGUUGCAUCACGUAUUCUUUCAUCCAUAUAUUGAAUCGUACUUACUUGACUACAAUAUUUGCCUGCAUAUUCCAGUGUAAGAUGGGAACAAUUGCUGGUAGAUAUGUGGGUAGACUAGGGAGCAAACGCAUAUAUUAGCCUUACUUUAUUAGAUUAAUUUUGCUGUAAUCAAUUAGCAUAUUGUUAUAAUUAUGAAUAAUUCUGUUUGCAUUUAUGAACACAAUGUUCCAUCACAUCAACCGCAUUUAUUUCUGUAGCACAUUUUAACAUGCAGGAUAUUGCUCAAAGUGCUUUACAAGAUGCCAAAGAAGUAGUUACAUGCAAAGAAAAAACAAAUUGGGUAAGAAUAGUAACGGACAAAUAAACACAUGAAAAAAUAUAAUUAAUACAAAAUUAGAGUCCUUGUAUAUAGAAUUGAUUUUUAGUCUCUAAAUCCAAUGAUAAGGUCAUAUGGCCAAGAGGACAGAAAAAAUAAAAACUCCAGAAAAGCUGGAGAAAAAACAAUCUGCAGGAGUUCAAGGCCAAACAACCACCCAGGUUACAUUGGGCAUUCUAUCUAACAUAAAUGAACUUAAGUGGUACCAUAUUGUUUUUUAGUCUUCGUCUCGUGGAAAGUUAGGAAAUCUGCUUUCAUUCAGACAUCACCAACAGCUGCACGCACUUUGAUCAAGCGCUGGUGGUGCAAAACGUUCUUACAGAAAAAUUAGAAAAGAAAGCAGAGGAAAAGUAGAGAUUAAUAAUGAACGCAAAUUAAUUGUAGAAUUUGAUAUUUCUAUGCAUAUGCAUUUUAUCAGGAGUAGAACUAAAAUGUAGCUAUGAAAAGGCAACAUUAAAGUGGAGUUUUAGAAUUAAAAAAAAAAAAAAUGAUGCACAUUGUUGUAUAUUUAUUUCCAACUUUCACAAAUAUUUAAAAUGUUCUAUUCAGCAGAGAAGUACAAGACACACCAUCAAAAACAUACUAUUCUGUACUGUAUAAAAAUAUAAAUAAUUGAAACUCAGGCUUCUGGAUUAACGCAGAAUAUCACCAUAAGGAUGAGGCUAUAGGGUGAGAAAUGAGAGGAGAUGUAAGGAUUCAGUGUAAGGUAAUGGCUUCUCCACUACUGUAACUUGCCUUUUAAAAAAAAAAUAUUGACUUUAGAGAGGUCAUUCCAAAGUCUGGUUGCAGCAUACACAUUAUGUGCUGACUGUUGUGAGUCUGAGUGAGGACACUUGAACCAGAUGGAGCUGAGAUAUAAUAGAGUAGAAGGGGCACCUGCCAAUAGAGAGUUAGAAAAGUCAUUGUGGAAUGUGAUGAAAGCAUGAACAAGCUUCUUAGUGUCAGAAAAGGAUAGGAAAUUACUUUUGUAGUUUCAUAUAUAUUCUCACACACAGACCGAUGAUGUGAAAGGCACAGAAAAAAUCUCCCCAAAAUGUGGCCAGAUUGAUUACAUUUAUUCCUUCCUUAGUAAUAUGUUGUCCCAUUAAGUACUCGCUUAUAAUAAACUAUUCCUCUCUGUCAUCUGUGCCAUUCCCUAUCAUGUGUGACCAAGAGAACUCUAGAGUGAAAUUACCCUUAAUAUUUUAACCAUUUAAAUAUCCCUUUUUAUUUUAGUAUAGCACAUUAUGUUACUAAUGGCAAUAGACAUUUUUGCUAACCAGCUUACUAUCUAAAUUUGCAUUUGCUAAAUCAUUCUGUUUUGUGGCCCAGUUUUUUCAUUUCCAGUAAGGUUUGUGUGCAACCAACAGUCUACAGUGGCACCAGUGUUUAACAAAGGGAAACUUGUUGAUCACAGAGCACACCCUGAACACAUUUGUGUCAGCCAAUUUAUCAAGAAGAUUUUAAUACAUGCUUAGACAAUUGUCAAAACAAAUUAAUACUGAUAUUUAAAUAAUUGAACCUAUAAUUGCAAGGAUUUUUAGAUUUGCUGUAUUUCAUUGGAUACAGACAGAGAAAAGAAAUAGAGGUUGAUUUGCUCAAGUAAAUUAAGACAAUUUACCCAAUGUUUUGGUAACAGCUUCGCCUUUUUUAAUUCCUUUUUCGAUUUAGCAUGUAUCUAAAAUGCAACAGCAUUUGGCGUUAACCCUGAGUGUCUUUUGGGUUAAGCACUUAUGAUCGAUCCUAUGUAAAGUUUUAAGUCCAAACAACACUCAGGACAGUAUUAUGUUGCCAUCUAGUGGAUAAUGUAACAUGCUUCCAUAAAAUAAUGAAUACGUGUUUUUUUCACUCUAUGGUAAACAUCAGGAUUCAGAAGUAAGGUGGAGCCUUCAACCAGAACGCACAGUGGCAUGUAAAAGAGACAGAAAUUGAAUCAUUAGGUGAAUCAAGCGACAGAGAAUAUAAUGUAAUUUGGUCAUCAGACAUUGACACAGAUAGUGUGUUGCAUAUGGAAUUGUAUGACCGAACCUCUGUGAUAAGCCUGAUGAAUUUGGUCACAAGAAGGUUCACAGUGGCAGCAAGGUAAAAUGAUUAUGAUGAAGUGGAAGGACAGGAAAAUCAUUCACCCCUUAAGCAUUAUUUACAGUGCAGCAACUGUCAAUGUUCGUGUCAGGAGAAAUGUGGAAGUCACUAAGCCUUGCACUGUGGUAGCUGACAAUAAUACAGUUAACAUGUCGAUCAUCCGGAUUAGACACUGACAUUCUACCCUCUGAAGUACAAGCAACAACAAAAUAAAAAAUGUUUUUUAUAUAUAUGAAAAGUGUGCAAAGAAACAUGCCCUUACUAGCCCAGUGCAACAUCAUGCUUUGUGUUAGUGACAGUUUCAAAAUCUGUCACGUGAAGGACAUGUACUGAAUCUGCAUCCUCACAGCAGUGGACACUAGACAUACCCAUCCAACUGUUUUUAUGUUGAUGUUAUUACACCUAAUAACACGUUUUCUUGUUGAAAACAAAUUCAACAUUUUUGGCUUCUUUUUUCACAACGCUAAGGAGGCUACUGCAACUAAAGUAUAAGGCGAGUCUUCUAUCAUGUUAUUGCAACAGUAUAUACGCUGAAAAAAGCAUGCACAAUAACAGCAAUGGCAGAAAGGAAAGAAUCAUCUUGAAGUGCACUUCAUGAGAAUCAUGUCGAUCUGGAACAAAUACCAGCUCUUGGAAUCUGUUCAAAAGUCUUUGCAGCAAUGUCUGUUCAGAGCACAGCAGUCAUGGCGAGCUAUGAGCUGAGAGCAGGUGUGAAGUGGAGCUGUUCUUUAAUGUCUGAUUGUUAUGGACAGUUGGCCUCAAUCUAACACAACAUCCCAAAUGGAUUCCGAAGCCCAACAAAAUCGACCAAAUGAACUUGUCCUUACUGGCUCCUCCAGACAGAACCUGGCUGACAUGUCAUCAGGAAGGCAUUACUUGUGUGGCUAUUUUGCAGCAUUUACUAAUAUUUCCAUUACUUUCCCAAUUCAAAAGGUACUUUUUCGCCAACAAUUGUAUGGAUUAAGGACACGCGAUGCUAUACGACAGCUCCAGCAUGAUGGCCUUCGCAACUUGUACCGUGGCAUCCUCCCUCCUCUCAUGCAAAAGACAACAACAUUGGCUUUGAUGUUUGGUCUUUAUGAAGACUUCUCAAAUGUACUUCUUCAGCAUACCACUGCCCCUGAGUUAUUGACACGCAGUGUAGCUGCUGUGCUAGCAGGAACCACAGAAGCAGUCUUGACCCCUUUUGAGAGAGUUCAGACACUGCUGCAAGACAAUAAACAUCACAACCGCUUUAAUAACACUUUCCAUGCUUUUCGAACUUUGAGGAGUUAUGGUUUUCAGGAGUACUACAGGGGCCUGAUACCUAUAUUGCUGAGAAAUGGUCCAAGUAAUGCACUUUUCUUUGGUCUCCGUGGUCCAAUCAAGCAGUGCUUGCCUGAAGCUACAUCUUACAGCACCCAUCUGGUGAAUGACUUCAUUUGUGGGGGCUUGCUAGGGGCUAUGCUUGGUUUCCUGUUUUAUCCUGUGAAUGUGGUCAAGGCCCGAAUGCAGUCUCAAGUUGGUGGAGACUUUCAGUCAUUUCGUGUAGUAUUCCUUACUAUCUGGAAGGAACGAGAAGGCAAGGUCUCACAUCUGUUCCGUGGGGCACACCUCAAUUAUCAUCGUUCCAUUCUAUCAUGGGGCAUCAUAAAUGCCACAUAUGAAUUCUUACUUAAGUUUUUCUGAAGAACUUGUGUGUUCAACAAGAAUCUUGGACGUGUAAAGAAAAUGAUGAACUUAAAUGGAGCCGUUCUACAGUUUUGAGUGUGCAUUAAGAGUAUUUGAGGCAUAAAUUGCUUUGUAAAUGUUUUUCAAGAAUCCUGCCAAUUCAUAAUGGAAGACGUAUGUUUAAUUCUCAAGAAUUCAAUGAUUAUGCCAGUUUCAAGAAGGGUACUCUUGGUUGAUUACAAUGUGCAAUUUCAUAUUUCUUCUCUCUGCCUAUCAUAAAAACUCUGACCUUGAAACACCAAAGGUAGCAUUAGAAUGAGUUACUGGGCAGAAUAUCUCUUACCAAUGUAUGGCAUCUUUUACCUCCUUUAUUUUGUGCAUAUUAGAUCUAUAACUAGGAUUUACAGCAAAUACAGUCAAUUAUUUGAAUGCAAUGAUAGUAUCACAUUUACUCACAGUACCUUGAUUUAUCUUUUUUUUUCAUCCAUCUUGAAAUAUCAGUAUUUACUUUUUUUAAGAAUUGUUGAUUACAUACAUAAUCAAUGUCUGUUUUCAUUAUUGGUUUCAGACUUGCUUUUCUAUACAUUUCAGGAAUGAUUUUUUUAAAUUUGGAAAUGUACAUGUUGCUGUUUAUAAAAUAUAAAAGUAUAUAACUGAUUGUGGUGGAGGACAUUUCAGUUUAUUUUUAUUACAGUACUUCUAAUGAAGAGUAAACCUUCUCUGAAUGUUUUCUCUGCCUGCUCAUGUCAAGUGUUUGCAUCUGUUUUUGUUAAGGCAGAAGGCUUGUAUUACAUUAUUUUAAAUGUGUUUACACCGGACUACAUUUUGUUUUUUGUCCAAAGACCUAGCAUUAUUUGAAGGAUGACCAUACAUUUGAGAUAGUUAUGAGGAAGGUUGGGUAUUGAUACCAGGAAACUGAAGACUGAAUAUAUUCUGUUGGAAACUUGUGGAGGAGGAUGUAGCAUAGCAUACACCAUGACCCAGUAAUACUUUGCUAAAUGUGGUGUGUUGGAUUGACUCACUUUAAGAAGAAUACCUUUUCACUGGAUUAUUUGUCAAUCCCUAAUCAUUUUUGUUUCUGAAGGUGAAACAAAAUACUCAGCAUAGACAGGCUGAGGCAUGGAUGGAUUUCUACACCAUAGCAUUUAUCCUUAAGAACUGCUUUGGCUGCUGUGUUUGUUAUAUUACGUUUUAUUAUUUCACUAUAUGCGUCAUGCUAAAAAUCCCAUCUUUUAUAUAUUUGGUUGUUUUUUUACUUGUAAUAUCUAUGUCAUCAUAGAAGUAGACAGCCAUGUUUGCUUUGUGUACUGUAAGCACUAGAAUACUAUCAUUUUUCCUGACCAUAGGAAAUACUUCAUUAUUUAUUUUGAACUGUUUUUUUAAAAACACUUAAUAAUGGAUGUACAGAUGCUAAUAGCACUAAUUGGCGUCAGGCAUCUUAAGUGAUGAAAUAACCUCCGCUUAAUAAGAGAGUCCUGAAGGUCCUAAGCUACAAUGUUUCCUUGGUAGGUGAGGUGGGGAAAACCUGGAGAUAUUUGAGUGGGCUAUAUCGAAAGCUACUGUGUGCCUUCACUAUAGCAAUAGUGUUAGAUAGGUGACUUGUAUUUGGAAGUACAGCAGUUGUUUCUUGUGGUGGGGUCUUCUACUCAUUUACAUAAUUGUCAAUUUUCAAAAAGGUUUUACUUAAUUACACUUGGUAUUAGAAGGAAGAAAUUACAAGUAACUUUAAGCUAAGCCAGUGUUUCUUCAUUUGAAUUUAUAACGUGAAAACAUAUAUUUUAGCCAGACUCGCAAGUAGGACUUUAAUGUUAUGCCAUAUUUUUGACAGUGCUACUUUUCUAUUUUAACCUGUAUCUCUGUUUUCAGCAAACCUUUACAGAGCUCUGUACUUGGCACAGCAUGUAGUGCUUCAAAAGGUUAGUACAAGAAUCCAUUCAGUGAAGAUGUUUUGGCAGGCAGUGUGGUGUAGUGGUGAAGACUCUGGACUUCAAACCCCAAAUCCUGCUACAGAUACUGUGUGACCAUGAGCAAGUCACUUCUCCUUCCAGUGCUUGAAUUAGAAAAAUUAAAAGAAAUGUAACCAACUGUAUCUCAGAAGUUGUAAGCUGCCUUAGAUAAAGGUGUCCGCCAAAUCAGUAAGAGUAAUGUAAAUGUUUGUUAUAUUCUCAAAUACUUCACGGUAGAGUCCCAAGUUUGAAUCCAGACCCCAAGUAUUGUCCCUGUGUGUGCAUAGGCUUUCUUUGAACACUCCUAUACUCCCCUUCAUUUCAAAGAUGUGUGUGUAGGUGACUCUAUAUUGGCGUGGUGUAACUGAGUAUUCACGUGCUUAAAGGUGUGCAGUACAGUGUAUUGGCAUCCUUUCUGGGAUCAAUUCAGGCCUUGUCCCCAAUGUCACUGGCAUAUGCUUCAGCCAUUUCUUUAUCCAGAGUUCAAUAAGUGAUUUGGAAAAUAGAAGAGUGCAUGGAAAGUAUCAGUGGUAACAAUAACAAGCUGUGUAGUCAUUUGAAUUGACUAGUACAUGUAAGUAAAACAUUAACGAAUGAAGGGGAAAAUAGCCCUCUAAAAAGUAAAACAAAGUAAUCUCUACAACAUUAUUGUCUCCCACAGUUAGUUAACUGGUUGAUUCUUGUACGGUCUCCAGCACUGACUUUUCAUUACCUUCAGAAAGUUGCUUUUUCUGCCAGUGUUCCAUUCAUAAGUACUGUAUAUAUGAAAUCAGAUGUUUUAUUCUGUGUAUGUAUGCUACUUUGAUGAAAUUUACUAUGGAAAUGUGGAUGUGUACUGUAUUAAAUUAGAAAUAAGAAUUUAUCCUUCAAUGUGACCUGCAAACUCAAUGUAGAAUAUGGGACAAAAAAUUAAAUGCAGCUAAUUGUU